AUGUCUGGAGUUGGGUCGAUUGUCUACAACGCCGUUUCGCGACGAUUCUCCACCGUCCUCUUGGCGUCAGUUGUUGGAGCUUACGUCUUCAACUAUUCCUUGGACGGAGUCACCAACUACUAUUGGGAUACGGUGAGAAUUUCAAACGUUAAAAUUAAAUCGCUAAUUCGCCCAACUAGCGAGAAAACGCCCGGAUUGAAGCGAAAAAGAUCGUCAAUCUCCGGAAGAUUGUUUAAAAAGCAUGAAGCUGAUGAAAAUCUUGAUGAAUCCGGAGGCGAAGAAGAAGCCGAAGAGCGAGGAUUCGCUAUUUCCAAGCCAUCGACAAGUCACGGAGAAGCUGGCAACGAUGCUGGAAAACAGCUGAAAAUUAAUAGCAUUUCAUCGCGAAAGGGAGAAUAUUUUGUUAAGAACGCCGAUGGCAUUCCCACCGAGAAGUUCAGCAUGAGAUAUCGAAAUUUGCUGCACAGAUAA